AUGAAAAUCAUUCUUUCAUCCAAGCCACACAGCAAAACGAAAGGCCAGAAAAUCAUUCACCCAACCACACACCACACAGCAAAACGAAAGGCCAGAAAAUCAUUCUUUCAUCAGCCACACAGCAAAACGGCCAGAAAAUCAUUCUUUCAUCCAGCCACAGCAAAACGAAGGCCAGAAAAUCAUUCUUUCAUCCAGCCACACAGAAAAACGAAAGGCCAGAAAAUCCCAUUCUUUCAUCCAGCCACACAGCAAAACGAAAGGCCAGAAAAUCAUUCUUUCAUCCAACCACAAAACAAAGGCCAGAAAAUGAAAAUCCAGCCACAGCAAAACGAAAACCACAUUCUCAACAAAGCAAAGCAAAGGCCAAGAAAAACCUUCUCGUCAACCACACAGCAAAACGAAAGGCCAGAAAAUGUUCUUUCACCCAGCCACUUUAGCAGCAAAACUAAAAGGCUGAAAAUCAUUCUUUUUCACCCAGCCACAGCAAACGAAAAUGAAAAUCAUUCACAUCCAGCCACAGCAGCAAAACGAAAGGCCAAAAUUCUUUCAUCCAGCCACACAGCAAACGAAAAUGAAAAUCAUUCUUUGUCAACCACACCAGAAAACGAAAGGCAGAAAAUCGUUCUUUCCAACCACUCAGCAAAACAGAAGGCCGAAGAAAAUCGUUCUCAUCCAGCCACACAGCAAAACAAAGGCCAGAAAAUCAUUCUUUCAUCCACUGGCAAAACGAAAAUCGUUCUUUCACCCAACCACACAACAAAACGAAAAGGCCAGAAAAUCCCACACAGCAAAACGAAAGGCCAGAAAAUCAUUCUUUCACCCAGCCACAUCAAAACGAAGGCCAAAUUAACUCUUCCACCCACACAGCAAACGAAAGCCAGAAAAUCAUUCUGCCAGCCACACAAAACGAAAAGGCUGAAAAUCAUUUCUUUCACCCCAGCCACACAGCAAAACGAAAGGUCAGAAAAUCAUUCUUUCACCCAGCCACAGCAAAACGAAAGGCCAGAAAAUCAUUCUUUCCAGCCACACAGCAAAACGAAAGGCCAGAAAAUCAUUCUUUCAUCCACCUCACAGCAAAACGAAAAGCCAGAAAAAUCAUUCUCAUCCAGCCACACAGCAAAACGAAAGGCCAGAAAAAACCUUCUUUCAUCCAACCACACAUCAAAACGAAAAGGCAGAAAAAUCAUUCUUUCACCCAGCCACACAGCAAAACGAAAGGCCAAAAAUCAUUCUUUCAUCCAGCCACACAGCAAACGAAAGGCUGGAAAAUCAUUCUUUCAUCCAGCCACAGCAAAACGAAAGGCCAGAAAAAUCAUUCUUUCAUCCAGCCACACAGAAAAACGAGGCCAGAAAAUCAUUCUUUCAUCCAGCCACACAGCAAAACGAAAGGCCAGAAAAUCAUUCUUUCAUCCAGCCACGGCAAAACGAAAGGCCAGAAAAUCAUUCUUUCAUCCAGCCACACAGCAAACAGAAAGGCCGGAAAUCGUUUUUCAUCCAGCCACACGGCAAAACGAAAGGCCAGAAAAUCAUUCUCACCCAGCCACACAGCAAAACGAAGGCAAAAAAAUCUUCUCACCCCAGCCACACAGCAAAACGAAAGCGAAAACCAUUCUCGUCAGCCAGAAAAAACGGCCAUUUCACCCCAGCCACACAGCAAAACGAAAGGCCAGAAAAUCAUUCUCAUCCAGCCACACAGCAAAACGAAAUGAAAAUCAUUCUUUCACCCAACCACACAGCAAAACGAAAAUGAAAAAUUCUUUCAUCAUUCAUUCUCAUCCAGCCACAGCAAAACGAAAACCACCCAGCCACACAGCAAAACGAAAGGCCAGAAAAUCAUUCUUUCAUCCCAACCACACAGCAAAACGAAAGGCCAGAAAAUCAUUAUUAUUUCUUUCAUCCAGCCACAGCAAAGCGGGUUUUGAAAAAUCGUUCUUUCAUCAAAAAAACCAGAAAAUUAUUCUUUCAUCCAGCCACAGCAAAACGAAGGCUGAAAAUUGUUCUUUCAUCCAGCCACACAGCAAAACGAAAAGCCAGAAAAACAUUCUCAUCCAUCCAGAAAAUGAAAAUCCUUUCAUCAGCCACACAGCAAAACGCCCAGAAAAUCAUUCUUUCAUCCAGCCACACAGCAAACGAAAAGAAAAUCGUUCUUUCAUCCAGCCCAAAAAACGAAAAUUCUUUUUCAUCCAGCCACACAGCAAGGCAAAGGCCAGAAAAUCAUUCUCAUCACCACACAGCAAAACGAAAAGGCCAGAAAAUCAUUCUUUCAUCCAGCCACACAGCAAAACGAAAGGCCAAGAAAAUCAUUCUUUCAUCCAGCCACACAGCAAAACGAAAAGCCAGAAAAUCAUUCUUUCACCCCCAGCCACAGAGCAAAACGAAAGGCCAAAAAUCAUUCUUUCACCCCACGCCAAAACGAAAGGCCAAAACGAAACCACAGCAUCAAAACGAAAAGGCCAAAAAUUUCUUUCACCCAGCCACACAGCAAAACGAAAAGCCAGAAAAUCGUUCUUUCACCCAGCCACAAAACGAUCAAAAUUCUCAAGGCAAAACGAAAAUCAUUCUUUCAUCCAGCCACACAGCAAAACGAAAGGCCAGAAAAUCGUUCUUUCAUCCAGCCACACCGAAAAUGAAAAAUCAUUCUUUCAUCCAGCCACACAGCAAAACAAAGCCAGAAAAUUCUUCUUUCAGCAACCACACAGCAAAACGAAGGCCAGAAAAUCAUUCUCAUCCAUCCAGCCACAUCAGCAAAACAGCAAAACGGCCAGAAAAUCAUUCUUUCAUCCAGCCACACAGCAAAACGAAAGGCCAGAAAAUCAUUCUUUCAUCCAUGCACUGGUAAAACGAAAACAAAAUCAUUCUUUCAGCCAAGGCAAAACAAAGAAAAAUCAUUCUUUCAUCCAGCCACACAGCAAAACGAAAGGCCGAAAAUCGUUCUCAUCCAGCCACACAGCAAAACGAAAGGCAGAAAAUCCGUUCUUUCAUCAGCCACACAGCAAAACGGUGAAAAUCAAAACGCAAAGCCAGAAAAUCAUUCUUUCAUCCAGCCAAAACGAAAGGCCAGCAAAACGAAAGAAGCCAGAAAAUCACAUUCUUUCAUCCCAGCCACACCCACACAGCAAAACGAAAAGGCAGAAAAUCGUUCUUUCAUCCAGCCACACAGCAAAACGAAAGGCCAGAAAAUCGUUCUUUCAUCCAGCCACACAGCAAAACGAAAGGCCAGAAAAUCGUUCUUUCACCCCAGGCACAACAGCAAAACGAAAGGCAGAAAAUCAUUCUUUCACCCCAGCCACACAGCAAACGAGCCAGAAAAUCGUUCUUUCAUCCAGCCCACACAGCAAAACAAAGGCCAGAAAAUCAUUCUUUCACCCAGCCACACAGCAAAACAAAAGGCCAGAAAAUCAUUCUUUCACCCAGCCACACACCACACAGCAAAACGAAAGGCCAGAAAAUCAUUCUUUCUUUAGCCACACAGCAAAACGAAAAGGCCAGAAAACCAUUCUUUUUCACCCCAGGCACACAGCAAAACGAAAGGCCAGAAAAUCAUUCUUUUCACCCAGCCACAGCAAAAACGAAAGGCAGAGAAAAUCAUUCUUUCAUCCAGCCACAGCAAAACGAAAGGCCAGAAAAUCAUUCUUUCACCCCCAGCCACACAGCAAAACGAAAAGCCAGAAAAUCAUUCUUUCAUCCAGCCACACAGUAAAACGAACGGCCAGAAAAUCAUUCUUUCACCCCAGCCAGAAAAUCACUUUCAGCAAAACGAAAGGCCUGAAAAUCAUUUCUUUCACCCAGCCACACAGCAAAACGAAAGGCGAAAAUCAUUCUUUUCACCCCAGCCCACAAGGCCCAGAAAUCACCACCCCAGCCAAAACGAAAGGCCAGAAAACGAAAAUGAGAAAAUCAUUCUUUCACCCCAGCCACACAGCAAAACAAGGCCAAAAUCAUUCUUUCACCCACCACACAGCAAAACGAAAAGGCCAGAAAAUCAUUUUCACCCAGCCACUGGCAAAACGAAAGGCCAGAAAAUCAUUCUUUCACCCCAGCCACACAGCAAAACGAAAGGCCGAAAAAUCAUUCUUUCAUCAGCCACACAGCAAAACGAAGGCCAGAAAAUCAUUCUUUCACCCCAGCCACACAACAAAACGAAAGGCCAAAAAUCGUUCUUUCACCCAACCAUUCUUUCACCCAGCCAAAAAAACGAAAGGCCGGAAAAUUCUCAUCCAACCACACAGCAAAACAAAGGCCAGAAAAAUCUUCUUUCACCCCAGCCACACAGCAAAACGAAGGCCAGAAAAUCAUUCUUUCCCACCCCAGCCACACAUAAAACGAAAGGACAGAAAAUCAUUCUUUCAUCCAGCCACACAGCAAAACGAAACCCAGAAAAUCAUUCUUUCAUCCCAGCCACAGCAGCAAAACGAAGGCCAGAAAAUCAUUCUUUCAUCCAACCACACAGCAAAACGAAAGGCCAGAAAAUCGUUCUUUCACCCAGCCACACAGCAAAACGAAAAGGCCAGAAAAUCAUUUUUCACCCAGCCACACAGCAAAACGAAAGGCCAGAAAAUCAUUCUUUCACCCAACAGCAGCAAAACGAAAGGCCAGAAAAUCGUUCUUUCAUCCAACCACACAGCAAAACGAAAGGCCAAUCAUUCUUUCCCCAGCCACACAGUAAAACGAAAGCCAGAAAAUCAUUCUUUCACUAUUUUCAAACGAAAGGCCAGAAAACCAUUCUUCGUCACUGCCACAGCAGCAAAACGAAGGCCAGAAAAUCGUUCUUUCACCCCCCAGCCACAGCAAAACGAAAGGCCAGAAAAUCGUUCUUUCGCCAGCCACAGCAAAACGAAAGGACAGAAAAUCGUUCUUUCCCCAGCCACACAAAACGAAAAUGCCAGAAAAUCUUUCACCCCACCCAUACAGCAAAACGAAAGGCCAGAAAAUCGUUCUUUCCCCAGCCACAGCAUCAAACGAAAGGCCAGAAAAUCGUUCUUUCACCCAGCCAGCCACAGCAAAACGAAAGGCCAGAAAAUCAUUCUUUCACCCAGCCACACAGCAAAACGAAAGCCAGAAAAUCGUUCUUUCACCCCAGCCACAGCCAAACGAAAGGCCAGAAAAUCAUUUCUUUUCAUCCAGCCACACAGCAAAACGAAAGGCCGAAAAUCGUUCUUUCACAGCCACACAGUAAAACGAAGGCAGAAAAUCAUUCUUUUCACCCAGCCACAGCAAACGAAAGGCCAGAAAAUCGUUCUCGUCAACCACACAGCAAACGACGAAGGCCAGAAAAUCAUUCAUUCACCCAGCCACACAGCAAACAGAAAGGCCAGAAAAUCAUUCUUUCACCCAGCCACACAGCAAAACGAAAGGCCAAAAAUCAUUCUUUCACCCAGCCACAGUAAAACAAAGGCUGAAAAUCAUUCUUUCAUCCAGCCACACAGCAAACGAAAGGCCAGAAAAUCAUUCUGCCAACCACACAGCAAACGAAGGCCAGAAAAUCAUUCUUUCACCCAGCCACAGCAAAACGAAAGGCCAGAAAAAUCGUUCUCACCCAGAAAAACGAAAUUCUUCUCACCCACCCACACAGCAAAACGAAAGGCGGAAAAUCAUUCUUUUCAUCAUACACAGCAAAACGAAAGGCCAGAAAAUCAUUCUUUCACCCCAGCCACACACAGCAAAACGAAAGGCCAGAAAACCAUUCUUUCACCCCAGGCACACAGCAAAACGAAAAGGCCAGAAAAAUCAUUCUUUCACCCAGCCACACAGCAAAACGAAAGGCCAGAAAUCAUUCUUUCCUACACCACACAAAACGAAAAGGCCAGAAAAUCAUUCUUUCACCCAGCCACACAGCAAAACGAAAACGAAGAAAAUCAUUCUUUCACCCAGCCACACACCACAGCAAAACGAAAGGCCAGAAAAUCAUUCUUUUCACCCAGCCACACAGCAAAACGAAAGCCAGAAAAUCAUUCUUUCACCCAUCCACACAGCAAAACGAAAAGGCAGAAAAUCAUUCUUUCCACAGCCACACAGCAAAACGAAAGGCCAGAAAUCGUUCUUUUCACCCAGGCACACAGCAAAACGAAAGGCCAAGAAAAUCAUUCUUUCACCCAACCACACAGCAAAACGAAAGCCAAAAAUCAUUCUUUCAUCCAGCCACACCAGCAAAACGAAAGGCCAGAAAAUCAUUCUUUUCACCCAACCACACAGCAAAACGAAAGGCCAGAAAAAUCAUUCUUUCACCCAACCACACAAAACGAAAGAAAAAUCGAACGUGAAAAACAAUCAUUCUUUCACCCCAGCCACACAGCAAACACAAAUUCGUUCUUUCAUCAAUACCAAAAAAACGAAGUAGCAAAAUCGUUCUUUCAUCCCAGCCACAGCAAAACCAGAAAGGUUCUUUCCUUUAGAGAAAAUCCGUUUUCUUUCACCCCACCACACAGCAAAACGAAAAUCAAUCUUUCGCAGCCACAGCAAAACAACCACCAUUCUUUCAUUCAGCCACAACGAAAAGGCAGAAAAAUCGUUCUUUCCCACCCAGCCACACAGCAAACGAAAGGCCAGAAAAUCAUUCUCAUCCAACCACACAGCAAACGAAAGGCGAAAAUCGUUCUUUCACCCAACCACAAUAAAACGAAAAUGAAAAUCAUUCUUUCAUCAACCCACAGCAAAACGAAAGGCCAGAAAAUCAUUCCAAUCACAAAACCAGAAAAUCCACACAGCAAAACGAAGGCUUUCAUCCAAAAUCGAUUUCUUUCACCCAUCCACACAGCAAAACGAAAGGCCAGAAAAAUCAUUCUUUCAUCAGCCACAGCAAAACGAGGCCAGAAAAUCAUUCUUUCAUCCAGCCACACAGCAAAACGAAAGGCCAGAAAAUCAUUCUUUCAUCCAGCCACAGCAAAACGAAAGCCAGAAAAUCGAUUCUUUCAUCCAGCCACAGCAAAACGAAAGGCCAGAAAAUCGUUCUUUUUAAGUUCUUUCAGCAAAACGAAAGGCCAACCAUUCUUUCAUCAGCCACAGCAAAACGAAAGGCCAGAAAAUCAUUCUUUCAUCCCACCACACAGCAAAACGAAAGGCCAGAAAAUCAUUCUCACCCCAGCCACAGAGCAAACAGAAAAGUUCCUUCUUUCAUCCAACCACACAGCAAACGAAAGGCCAGAAAAUCAUUCUUUCACCCAGCCACACAUCAAAACGAAAGGCCAAAAACAUUCUUUCAUCAACCACACAGCAAACGAAAAGCCAGAAAAUCAUUCUUUCACCCAAGCCACACAGCAAAACGAAAGGCCAAAAAUCAUUUCUUCCAACCACAGCCAAACGAAAACCAGAAAAACCUGGCGAAGGCGAAAUCAUUCUUUCAUCCAGCCACACAGCAAAACGAAGGCAGAAAAUCAUUCUUUCAUCCAGCCACACAGCAAAACGAAAGGCCAGAAAACCCCACAGCAAAACGAAAGGCAGAAAAUCAUUCUUCCAGCCCCCCAGCAAAACGAAGCCAGAAAAUCCUUCUUCAUCCAGCCACAUGCCCACAUUCUUUCAUCCAGCAAAAAAGAGCAGAAAGGCCAGAAAAUCAUUCUUUCAUCCAGCCACACAGCAAAACGAAAGGCCAGAAAAUCAUUCUUUCAUCAGCCACAUCCAGCCAAACGAAAACAGAAAAUCGUUCUUUCACUGACCACAGCAAGAGCAGAAGGCCAAAUCGUUUCAUCCAACCACACAGCAAAACGAAAGGCCAGAAAUUCUUUCUCGUCAGCCACAGCAAACGAAGGCCAGAAAACAUUCUUUCAUCAACCACACAGCAAACGAAGGCCAGAAAAUCAUUCUUUCACCCCAGCACACAGCAAAACGAAGCCCAAAAUCAUUCUCAUCCAACCACACAGCAAAACAAGAAAGGCAGAAAAACGUUCUUUCAUCCAGCCACACAGCAAAACGAAAGCCAGAAAAAUCAUUCUUUCAUCCAGCCACACAGCAAAACGAAAAGCCAGAAAAUCAUUCUUCCACCCACAGCAAAACGAAGGCCAGAAAAUCAUUCUUUCACCCACACACACCAAAACGAAAAUAAAAUCAUUCUUUCAUCCACCACAGCAAAACGAAAGCCAGAAAAUCAUUCUCACCCAACCACACAGCAAAACAAAGCCAGAAAAUCAUUCUUUCACCCCAGCCACACAGCAAAACGAAAGGCCAGAAAAUAAAUUUCUUUCCGCAGCCACACAGCAAAACGAAAGGCCAGAAAAAUCAUUCUUUCCCACAAAAACGAAGGCCAGAAAACCAUUCUCACCCCAGGCACAGCAAAACAAAAUGAAAAAUCAUUCUUUCAUCCAGCAGCAAAACGAAGGCCAGAAAAUUUACAUCCAGCAGCAAGAAAGGCCAGAAAAUCGUUCUUUACCCCAGCCACACAGCAAAACGAAAGGCCAGAAAAUCGUUCUUUCAAUCAACCACACAGCAAAACGAAAGGCAGAAAAUUAUUCUUUUCAUCCCACACAGCAAAACGAAAGGAAAAUCAUUCUCAUCCAACCAGCCAACAAAGGCAGAAAUCAAACCACGAAAACAGGCCAGAAAAUCAUUCUUUCAUCACCACACAGCAAAGGCAAGAAAGGCCAGAAAAUCAUUUUCUUUCAUCCCAGCCACACAGCAAAACGAAAGGCCAGAAAAUCAUUCUUUCAUCAGCCACACACAAAACGAAAGAACAGAAAAUCCAUUCUCAUCGGCCACACAACAAAACAGAAAAUCGUUCUUUCACCCAACCACAGCAAAGGCAAAGUAUUCAGCAAAACGAAAGGCCAGAAAAUCAUUCUUUCAAACGAAAGGCCAGAAAAUCAUUCUUUCACCCAGCCAAAACGAAAGGCCAGAAAAUCGUUCUUUCACCCAACCACACAGCAAAACGAAAGGCCAGAAAAAUCAUUCUCAUCCAGCCACACAGCAAAACGAAAAUUGAAAAUUCUUUCACCCCAGCCACACAGAAAAACGAAAAGGCCAGAAAAUCAUUCUUUCCCAGCCACAGCAAAACGAAAGGCCAGAAAAUCAUUCUUUCAUCCACCACACAGCAAGACGAAAGGCCAGAAAAACAUUCUUUCACCCCAGCCACAGCAAAACGAAAAGGCCAGAAAAUCAUUCUUUCAUCCAGCCACACCACACAGCAAAACGAAAGCCAGAAAACCAUUCUUUCACCCAGCCACACAGCAAAACGAAAGCCAGAAAAUCAUUCUCGCAGCCACACAGCAAAACGAAAAGGCCAGAAAACCAUUCUUUCCCAUGCACACAGCAAAACGAAAGAAAAAUCAUUCUUCAUCCAGCCACAGCAAACCAGAAAAUCAUUCUUUCACCCAGAAAAAACGAAAAUUCAUUCUUUCACCCAACCACACAGCAAAACGAAAGGCCAGAAAAUCAUUCUUUCAUCCAGCCACACAGCAAAACGAAAGGCCAUUCUUUCACCCCAGAAAAAAACGAUUCUUUCAUCCAGCCACACACAGCAAAACGAAAGCCAGAAAAUCAUUCUUUCACCCCAGCACAGCAAAACGAAAGGCUGAAAACCAAUUUCUCGCAUCAACACAGCAAAACGAAAGGCCAAAAAUCAUUCUUUCACCCCAGCCACACAGCAAAACGAGGCCAGAAAAUCAUUCUUUCACCCAGCCACAAAACGCAAAAACGAAAGGCAAAACGAAAAAUCGUUCUUUCCGCCACACAGCAAAACGAAAGGCCAGAAAAUCAUUCUUUCACACCCAGCCACACAGCAAAACGAACGAAAGGCCAGAAAAUCAUUCUUUCACCCCAGCCACACACAGCAAAACGAAAGGCCUGAAAAUCAUUUCUUUCACCCAGCCACACAGCAAAACGAAAGAACAAAAAUCAUUCUUUCAUCCAGCCAGCAAAACGAAAGGCCAGAAAAUCGUUCUUUCACCCCAGCCACACAGCAAAACGAAAGGCGAAAAUCAUUCUUUCCCCAUCCACAGAAAACGAAGGCCAGAAAAUCAUUCUUUCACCCCAGCCACACAGCAAAACGAAAGGCAAAAAUUCGAAAGCCAAACAAAAUGCAAACAGGAAAACGAACAGAAAAUCAUUCUUUCAUCCAGCCACAGCAAAACGAAAGGCCAGAAAAUCAUUCUUUCAUCCAGCCACACAGUCAAAACGAAAAUCAUUCUUUCAUCCAGCCACACAGCAAAACGAAAGGCCAGAAAUCAUUCUUUCACCCCAGCCACACAGCAAAACGAAGGCACAUUCUUUCAAACACAGCAAAACGAAGGCCAGAAAAAUCAUUCUUUCACCCAGCCACAAAGGCUGAAAAUCGUUCUUUCAAAACGAAAACGGCCAGAAAAUCAUUCUUUCACCCAGCCACACAGCAAACGAAAGGCCAGAAAAUCAUUCUUUCAUCCAGCCACACAGCAAAACGAAAGAAAAUCAUUCUUUCAUCCAGCCACAGCAAAACGAAAAACCAUUCAUUCUUUCACCCAUACACAGCAAAACGAAAGGCCAAAAAUCAUUCUUUCACCCAGCCACAGCAAAACGAAAGGCCAAAAAACAUUCUUUCAUCCAGCCACAAAAAACGAAAAGGCCAUCAUUCAUCACCACACAGCAAAACGAAAAUGCAAAACGCCACACAGGCCAGAAAACCAUUCUUUCAUCCAGCCACACAGCAAAACGAAAGCCAGAAAAAUCAUUCUUUCAGCCACACAGCAAAACGAAAGGCAGAAAAUCAUUCUCAUCCAAGCCACACAUUCUUUCAUCCGCAAAAAACGAAGGCCAGAAAAACAUUCUUUCACCCAGCCACAGCAAAACGAAAGCGAAAAUCAUUCUUUCAUCCAGCCACAGAAACUGAAACGAAACGAAAGAAGGCCAGAAAAUCAUUCUUUCACCCACCACAUCAAAACGAAAAUUGAAAAACAUUCUUUCAUCCAGCACACAGCAAAACGAAAGGCGAAAAUCAUUCUUUCACCCACUACAGCAAAAAAGCCGAAAAUCAUCAGCCACAAAGCAAAACGAAAAUUUCUUUCAUCAGCCACACAGCAAAACGAAAGGCCAGAAAAUCAUUCUUUCAUCCAGCCACACAGCAAAACGAAAGGCCAGAAAAUCAUUCUUUCACCCAGCCACACAGCAAAACGAACGGCCAGAAAAUUAUUCUUUCCCCAUCCACAGCAAACGAAAGGCCGAAAAUCAUUCACCAGCAAAACGAAGCCGAAAAUCAUUCUCAUCAGCCACACAGCAAAACGAAAAGCCAGAAAAAAUCAUUCUUUCAUCCAGCCACACAGCAAAACGAAAGGCCAGAAAAUCAUUCUUUCACCCAGCCACACCAUAAAACGAAAGGCCAGAAAAUCGACCCCCAAAACGAAAGGCGAAAAUCAUUCUUUCAUCCAGCCACAGCAAAACGAAGGCCAGAAAAUUUCUUUCGCCCCAAACAGCAAAACGAAAGGCCAGAAAAAUCAUUCUUUCACCCAGCCACAGCAAAACGAAAAGGCCAGAAAAUCAUUCUUUCACCCAGCCACACAGCAAAACGAAAGGCCAGAAAAUCAUUCUUUUCAUCCAGCCACACAGCAAAACGAAAGGCCAGAAAAUCAUUCUUUCACCCAGCCACACGAAAGCAAAAAACGAAAGGCCAGAAAAUCAUUCUUCAUCAAGCACACAGCAAAACGAAAGGCCAGAAAAUCAUUUCUUUCACCCCAGCCACACAGCAAAACGAAAGGCCAGAAAAUCAUUCUUUCACCCCAGCCACACAGCAAAACGAAAGGCCAGAAAAUCAUUCUUUCAUCAGCCACACAGCAAAACGAAAGGCCAGAAAAUCAUUCUUUCACCCCAGCCACACAGCAAAAAACAAAGGCCAGAAAAUCAUUCUUUCAUCCAGCCACAGCAAAACGAAAGGCCAGGAAAAAUCAUUCUCACCCCAGCAAAACGAAAGGCCAGAAAAAUCAUUCUUUCAUCCAGCCACACAGCAAAACGAAAGGCCAGGAAAAUCAUUCUUUCACCCAGCACACAGCAAAACGAAAGGCCAGAAAAUCAAAACACAGAAAACGAAAGGCCAGAAAAUCAUUCUUUCAUCCACCACACAGCAAAACGAAAGGCCAGAAAAUCAUUCUUUCACCCCAAACACAGCAAAACGAAAGGCCAGAAAAUCAUUCUUUCAUCCAGCCACACAGCAAAACGAAAGGCCAGAAAAUCAUUCUUUCAUCCCAGCCACACAGCAAAACGAAAGGGCCAGAAAAUCAUUCUUUCACCCAGCCACACAGCAAAACGAAAGGUCAAAAUCAUUCUUUCAUCCAGCCACACAGCAAAACGAAAGGCCAGAAAAUCAUUCUUUCAUCCAGCCACACAGCAAAACGAAAGGCCAGGAAAAUCAUUCUUUCAUCCAGCCACACAGCAAAAACGAAAAGGCCAGAAAAUCAUUCUUUCAUCCACACACAAAAACAAAGGCCAGAAAAACAUUCUUUUCAUCCAGCCACACAGCAAAAACGAAAGGCUCCACAGCAAAACGAAAGGCCAGAAAAUCAUUCUUUUCACCCAGCACAGCAAAACAAAACGAGCGCCAGCCACACAGCAAAACGAAAGGCCAGAAAAUCAUUUUCAUCCAGCCACACAGCAAAACGAAAGGCCAGAAAACAUUCUUUCACCCAGCCACACAAAACGAGCAAAACGAAAGGCCAGGCCAAAAAUCAUUCUUUCAUCCAGCCACACAGCAAAACGAAAGGCCAGAAAAUCAUUCUUUUCACCCAGCCACACAGCAAAACGAAAGGCACAGAAAAUCAUUCCAGAAUCCAGCUUUCAUCCAGCCAAACGAAAAACCAGAAAAUCUCAUCCAACCCAGCCACACAGCAAAACGAAAGGCCAGAAAAAUCAUUCUUUCAUCCAGUCACACAGCAAACGAAAGGUCAGAAAAUCAUUCUUUUCACCCACAAAAAACGAAAGGCCAGAAAAUCAUUCUUUCACCCCCACAGCAAAACGAAAGGCAGAAAAUCAAAACACAGAAAACGGGCACAGAAAAUCAUUUUUUCAUCCAGCCACACAGCAAAACGAAAGGCCAGAAAAUCCAUUCUUUUCACCCAGCCACACAGCAAAACGAAAGGCCAGAAAAUCAUUCUUUCAUCCCAGCCACACAGCAAAACGAAAGGCCUGAAAAAAUUCUUUCAUCCAGCCACACAGCAAAACGAAAGGCCAGAAAAUCAUUCUUUCACCCAGCCACACAGCAAAACGAAAGGCCAGAAAAAUCAUUCUUUCAUCCAGCCACAGCAAAACGAAAGGCCAGAAAAUCAUUCUUUCACCCAGCCACAGCAAAAACAAAAGGCCAGAAAAAUCAUUCUUUUCACCCAGCCACAAAACAGCAAAAACGAAAGGCCAGAAAAUCACCCAGCCACAAUUCAUUCUUUCACCCAGCAACAGCAAAACGAAAGGCCCAGAAAAUCAUUCUUCACCCAGCCACAGCAAAACGAAAGGCCAGAAAAUCAUUCUUCAUCCAGCCACAGCAAAACGAAAGGCAAAAAAUCAUUCUUUCACCCAGCCACACAGCAAACGAAAGGCCAGAAAAAUCAUUCUUUCAUCCAGCCACACAGCAAAACGAAAAGGCCAGAAAAUCAUUCUUUUUCAAACAAAAACGAAAGGCCAGAAAAUCAUUCUUUUCAUCCAGCCACACAGCAAAACCGAAAAGGCAGAAAAUCAUUCUUUCAUCCAGCCACACACAGCAAAACGAAAGGCCAGAAAACCAUUCUUUCACCCAGGCACACAGCAAAACGAAAGGCCAGAAAAUCAUUCUUUCAUCCAGCCACACAGCAAACGAAAGGCCAGAAAAUCAUUCUUCAUCCAGCCACACACAGCAAAAACGAAAGGCCAAAAUCAUUUUUUCACCCAGCCACACACCACACAAAAACGAAAGGCCAGAAAAUCAUUCUUUCAUCCAGCCACACAGCAAAACGAAAGGCCAGAAAAAUCAUUUCUUUCAUCCAGCCACGCAGCAAAACGAAAGGCCAGAAAAAAAAUUUCAUCCAGUCACAUAUAAAACGGGAAAGGCCAGAAAAUCAUUCUUUCAUCCAGCCACACAGCAAACGAAAGGCCAUAAAAAUCAUUCUUUCACCCAGCCACACAGCAAAACGAAAAAAUAAAAUCAUUAUUUUUCCCAGCCACAGCAAACAAACAAAGGCCAAAAUCAUUCUUUCAUCCAGCCACAGCAAAACGAAAGGCCAGAAAAUCAUUUCAUCCAUCCACACAGCAAACGAAAGGCAAAAAUCGUUCUUUCACCCAGCCACACAGUUAAACGAUCAUUCUUUCACCCAGCCACAGCAAAACGAAAAGGCCAGAAAAAUCAUUCUUUCAUCCAGCCACACAGCAAACGGUAAGGCCAGAAAAUCAUUCUUUCACCCAGCCACACAGCAAAACGAAAGGCCAGAAAAUCGUUCUUUCAUCCACCACACAGCAAAACGAAAGGCCAGAAAAAAUCCAGAAAAGCUUUUCAUCCAGCCACACAGCAAAACGAAAGGCCAGAAAAUCAUUCUUUCACCCAGCCACACAGCAAAACGAAAGGCCAGAAAACAUUCUUUCAUCCAGCCACACAGCAAAACGAAAGGCCAGAAAAUCAUUCUUCACCCAGCCACAGCAAACCAAAGGCCAGAAAAUCAAAGCUACACGAAAGGCCAGAAAAUCAUUCUUCACCCAGCCACACAGCAAAACGAAAGGCCAGAGAAUCAUUUCUUUCAUUCCAUCCAGCCACACAGCAAAACGAAAGGCAAGAAAAAUCAUUCUUUCACCCAGCCACACAGCAAAAACGAAAGGCCAGAAAAUCAUUCUUUUCAUCCAGCCACACAGCAAAACGAAAAGGCCAGAAAAUCAUUUUUUCAUCCAGCCACAGCAAAACGAAAGGGCCAGAAAAAUCAUUUUUCAUUCUUUCAUCCAGCCACACAGCAAAACGAAAAAAUGCAACAGAAAACGAAAGGCCAGAAAACAUUCUUUCACCCAACCACACAGCAAAAACGAAAGGCCAGAAAAUCAUUCUUUCACCCAGCCACAGCAAAACGACACAGCAAAACGAAAGGCCAGAAAAUCCCACACAAUAAAACGCCAAAACGAAACCCCAGGCCACAGCAAAACGAAAGCAUCGUUCUUUCAUCCAGCCACACAGCAAAAACGAAAGGCCAGAAAAUCAUUCUUUCAUCAUCCAGCCAAACAGCCGAAAACGUUCUUUCAAAGGCCAACGAAAAUCAUUCUUUCACCCAGCCACACAGCAAACGAAGGCCACCAAAAUCAUUCUUUCAUCCAGCCACACAGCAAAACGAAAGGCCAGAAAAUCAUUCUUUCAUCCAGCCACAGCAAAACGAAAAGGCCAGAAAAUCAUUCUUUCACCCAGCCACACAGCAAAACGAAAGGCAGAAAAUCAUUCUUUCACCCAGCCACACAGCAAAACGAAAGGCCAGAAAAUCAUUCUUUCAACUCAUCCAGCCAAAACACACAAAAAAACGAAAGGGCCAGAAAAAAACCUUCUUCAUCCAGCCACACAGCAAAAACGAAAGGCCAGAAAAUCAUUCUUUCACCCAGCCACACAGCAAAACGAAAGGCCAGAAAAUCAUUCUUUCACCCAGCCACACAGGCCAGAAAACGCCUUUCAUCCAGCCCAGCAAAACGAAAGGCCAGAAAACCAUUCUUUCAUCCAGCCACAGCAAAACGAAAGGCAGAAAAUCAUUCUUUUCAUCCACACAGCAAAACGAAACGAGCCAGAAAAUCAUUCUUUCAUCCAGCCAAACAGCAAACGAAAGGCCAGAAAAUCAUUCUUUCACCCAGCCACACAGCAAAACGGAAGGCCAGAAAUCAUUCUCAUCCAGCACAGCAAAACGAAAGGCCAGAAAAUCAUUCUUCACCCAGCCACACAGCAAAACGAAAGGCCAGAAAAUCAUUCUUUCACCCAGCCACACAAAAACGAAAGGCCAGAAAAAUCAUUCUUUUCAACCAGCCACACAGCAAAACGAAAGGCCAGAAAAUAAUUCUUUCAUCCCCCACACAGCAAAACGAAAGGCCAGAAAAUCAUUCUUUCAUCCAGCCACACCACACAGCAAAACGAAAAGCCCAAAAAUCAUUCUUUCAUCAUCCACACAGCAAAACGAAAGGCCAGAAAAUCAUUCUUUCAUCCAGCCACAGCAAAACGAAAGGCCAGAAAAUCAUUCUUUCAUCCAGCCCACACAGCAAAACGAAAGGGCCAGAAAAAACAUUCAUUCAUCCAGCCACACAAAACGAGCCGAAAAUCGAAACAGCAAAACGAAAAAAAAUCAUUCUUUCACCCAGCCACACAGCAAACGAAAGGCCAAAAAUCAUUUUUCAUCCAGCUGCACACAGCAAAACGAAAGGCCAGAAAAUCAUUCUUUCACCCAGCACACAGCAAACGAAAGGCCAGAAAAUCAUUCUUUCAUCCAGCCACACAGCAAAACGAAAGGCCAGAAAAUCAUUCUUUCACCCAGCCACACAGCAAAACGAAAGCCAAAAAUCAUUCUUUCAUCCAGCCACACAGCCACACAGCAAAACGAAAGGCCAGAAAAAUCAUUCUUUCAUCCAGCCACACAGCAAAACGAAAAGGCCAGAAAAUCAUUCUUUCAUCCAGCCACACAGCAAAACGAAAGGCCAGAAAAUCAUUCUUUCACCCAGCCACACAGCAAAACGAAAGGCCAGAAAAUCAUUCUUUCAUCCAGCCAAUAUUGGCAAAACGAAAGGCCAGAAAACCUUUCAUCCAGCCACAGCAAAAAACGAAAGGCCAGAAAAUCGUUCUUUCAUCCAGCCACAGCAAAACGAAAGGUUAGAAAAUCGUUCUUUCAUCCAGCCACAGCAAAACGAAAAUUGAAAAUCAUUCUUUCACCUAGCCACACAGAAAACGAAGAAUAUUCUUCAUCCAGCCACACAGCAAAACGAAAGGCCAGAAAAUCAUUCUUUUUCAUCCAGCCACAGCAAAACGAAAGGCCAGAAAAAUCAUUCUUUCAUCCAGCCACACAGCAAAACGAAGGCCAGAAAAUCGUUCUUUCCAUCCAGCCACAAAGCAAAACUAAAGGCCAAAUCAUUCUUUCACCCAGAAAAAACGAAAAUGAUUCUUUCACCCAGCCACACAGCAAAACGGAAGGCCGAAAUCAUUCUUUCACCCAGCCGCACAGCAAUGACCAGAAAAUCAUUCUUUCGUCAGCCACACAGCAAAACGACACAGCAAACAAAACGAAAGGCCAGAAAAUCAUUCUUUCAACCAGCCACACAGAAAAACGAAAGGCCGAAAAUCAUUCUUUCAUCCAGCCACACAACAAAACGAAAAGCCAGAAAAAUCAUUCUUUCAUCCAGCCACACAGCAAAACGAAAGGCCAGAAAAAUCAUUCUUUCGUCAGCCACACAGUAAAACGAAAGGCCAGAAAAAUCAUUCUUUUCACCCACACAGCAAAACGAAAAGCGCCAGAAAAAUCAUUCUUCACACAGCCACACAGCAAAACUAAAAGGCCAGAAAAUCAUUCUUCACCCAGCCACACAGCAAACGAAAGGCCAGAAAAAUCAUUCUUUUCACCCAGCUUUAAAACAGCAAACGAAAGGCCAGAAAUCAAAGGCCCAGAAGGCUUUCUUUCCCAGCCACACAGCAAACGAAAGGCCAGAAAAUCGUUCUUUUCAUCCACUCCAGCAAAACGAAAGGCCAGAAAAACAUUCUUUCAUCCAGCCACACACAGCAAAACGGAAAAAUCGAUGCUUUCACCCAGGCACACAGCAAAACAGAAAACCAGAAAAAUCAUUCUUUCACCCAGCCACACAGCAAAACGAAAGGUCAAAAAUCAUUCUUUUCAUCCAGCCACAGCAAAACGAAAAGCCAGAAAAUCAUUCUUUCAUCCAGCCACACAGCAAGACGAAGGCCAGAAAAUCAUUCUUUCACCAAGCCUCACAGCAAAACGAACGGCCAGAAAAUCAUUCUUCAUCCAGCCACACAGCAAAACGAAAGGCCAGAAAAUCAUUCAUUUCCCCAGCCAAAAUCAUCAAAACCCAGCGCCAAAAAAUCAUUCUUUCACCCAGCCACACAGCAAAACGAAAGGCCAGAAAAUCGUUUUUCAUCCAGCCACACAGCAAAAACGAAAGGCCAGAAAAUCAUUCUUUUCAUCCAGCCACACAGCAAACAGCGCCAGAAAAUCAUUCUCAUCCAGCCACACAGCAAAACGAAAGGCCAGAAAAUCAUUUCUUUCAUCCAGCCACACAGCAAAACGAAAGGCCAGAAAACUACUCAUCCAAGCCACAGCAAAACGAAAGGCCAGAAAAUCAUUCUUUUCACCCAGCCACACAGCAAAACGAAAGCACAGAAAACUAUUCUUUCAUCCAGCCACACAGCAAAACGAAAGGCCAGAAAUCAUUCUUUCUUUUAAGCAAAACCCAGCCACCCAGCUACAGCAAAACGAAGGCCAAAAAAUCAUUCUUUCAUUCAGCCACACAGCGAGCAGGAGGCUGCACAAAAAAUCUUUCAACGCCUACGCCCACACAGCAAACGAAAGGUCAGAAAAUCAUUCUUUCAUCCAGCCACACAGCAAAAAACGAAAGGCCGAAAACUCGUUCUUUCACCCAGCCACACAGCAAAACGAAAGGCCAGAAAAUCAUUCUUUCAUCCAGCCACACAGCAAAACGAAAGGCCAGAAAAUCAUUCUUUCAUCCAGCCCAAAGCAAAAGCCGAAAAUCGUUCUUUCACCCAGCCACACAGCCAAGCAAAAGGCCAGAAAAUCAUUCUUUCACCCAGCCAGUAAAACGGCGCGUCAGAAAAUUCUUCACCCCAGCCACACAGCAAAACGAAGGCCAGAAAAUCACUCUUUCAUCCAGCCACACAGCAAAAAGGCCAGAAAAUCAUUCUUCAUCCGAAAAAAAACGAAACCAAUCAUUCUUUUCAUCCAGCCACAACCAAAACGAAGGGCCAGAAAAAUUAUUCUUUCAUCAGCCACCGCAACCAAAACGAAAGGCCAGAAAAUCAUUCUUUUCAUCCAGCCACACAGCAAAAACGAAAGGCCAGAAAAUCGUUAUUCUUUCAUCCAGCCACACAGCAAAACGAAAGGCCAGAAAUCAUUUUCAUCCAGCCACACAGCAAAACGAAAAGGUCAGAAAAAUCAUUCUUUCAUCCAGCCACACAGCAAAACGAAAGGCAAAAAAUCAUUCUUUCAUCCAGCCACACAGCAAAACGAAAGGCCAGAAAAAUCAUUCUUUCAUCCAGCCACACAGCAAAACGAAAGGCCAGAAAAUCAUUCUUUCAUCCAGCCACACAGCAAAAACGAAAAGGCCAGAAAACAUUCUUUCUUUCACCCAGCCACACAGCAAAACGAAAGGCCAGAAAAUCAUUCUUUCAUCCAGCCACACAGCAAAAACGAAGGCCAGAAAAAUCAUUCUUUCAACCAGCCACACAUCAAAACGAAGGCGUCAGAAAAUCAUUCUUUCACCCAGCCACAGCAAAAACGAAAGGCCAGAAAAUCAUUCUUUCACCCAGCCACACAGCAAAACGAAAGGCCAGAAAAUCAUUCUUUCAUCCAGCCACACAGCAAAAAAGGCCAGAAAAAUCAUUCUUCAUCAGCCACAGCAAAACGAAAGGCCAGAAUCAUUCUUUCAUCAAGCCACAGCAAAAACGAAAGGCCAGAAAAUCAUUCUUUCAUCCAGCCACACAGCAAAACGAAAGGCCAGAAAAAUCAUUCUUUCAUCCAGCCACACAGCAAAACGAAAGGCCAGAAAAUCAUUCUUUCAUCCAGCCACAGCAAAACGAAAGGCCAGAAAAACAUUCUUUCACCCAGCCACACAGCAAAACGAAAAGCCAGAAAAUCAUUCUUUCAUCCAGCCACACAGCAAAACGAAAGGCCAGAAAAAUCUGGUUCUUUCAUCCAGCCGCAGCCCAGAAAAUCACCCAGCCAAAGCAAAAAACGAAAGGCCAGAAAAUCAUUCUUUCACCCAGCCACACAGCAAAACGAAAGGCCAGAAAAAUCAUUCUUUCAUCCAGCCACACAGCAAAACGAAAGGCCAGAAAAUCAUUCUUUCACCCAGCCACACAGCAAAACGAAAGGCCAGAAAAUCGUUCUUUCACCCAGAACACACAGCAAAACGAAAAAGGCCAGAAAAUCAUUCUUUCACCCAGCCACACAGCAAAACGAAAGGCCAGAAAAUCAUUCUUUCAUCCAGCCACACAGCAAAACGAAAAGGCUGAAAAUCAUUCUUUCACCCAGCCAAACAAAGAAAAAUCAUUCUUCAAGGCCCCAUGGUAAAACAUUCUUUCACCCAGCCACACAGCAAAACGAAAGGCCAAAGAAAAUCAUUCUUUCAUCCAGCCACAGCAAAAAACGAAAGGCCAGAAAAUCAUUCUUUUCAUCCAGCCACACAGCAAAACGAAAGGCCAAGAAAAACAUUCUUUCACCCAGGCACAGCAAAACGAAAGGGGCCAGAAAAUCAUUCUUUCACCCAGCCACACAGCAAAACGAAAGGCCAGAAAAUCAUUCUUUCAUCCAGCCACACAGCAAAACGAAAGGCCAGAAAAUCAUUCUUUCAACCAGCCACACAGCAAAACGAAAGCGCCAGAAAAUCAUUCUUUCACCCAGGCACACAGCAAAACGAAAGGCCAGAAAAAUCAUUCUUUCACCCAGCCACACAGCAAAAAACGAAGGCCUGAAAAUCAUUCUUUCAUCCAGCCAAAACGAAAGGCAGAAAAUCAUUCUUUCAACGAAAAACGAAAGGCCAGAAAAUCAUUCUUUUCAUCCAGCCACACAGCAAAACGAAAGGCCAGAAAAUCAUUCUUUUCAUCCAGCCACACAGCAAACGAAAGGCCAGAAAAUCAUUCUUUCACCCAGCAAAACAGCAAACGAAAGGCCAAAAAUCAUUUCUUUCAUCCAGCCACACAGCAAAACGAAGAGCCGAAAAUCAUUCUUUCACCCAGCCACACAGCAAAACGAAAGGGCCAGAAAAUCAUUCUUCAUCCAGCCACACAGCAAAACGAAAGGCCAGAAAAUCGUUCUUCAUCCAGCCACACAGCAAAACGAAAAGGCCAGAAAAUCAUUCUUUUCACCCAGCCACACAGCAAAACGAAAAAGGCCAGAAAAUCAUUCUUUCACCCAGCCACACAGCAAAACGAAAGGCCAGAAAAUCAUUCUUUUCAUCCAGCCACACAGCAAAAAAAAGGCCAGAAAAUCAUUCUUUUCACCCCAGCCACACAGCAAAACGAAAGGCCAGAAAAUCAUUCUUUCACCCAGCCACACAGCAAAACGAAAGGCCAGAAAAUCAUUUUUCACCCAGCCACACAGCAAAACAAAGGCCAGAAAAUCAUUCUUCAUUCACCCAAACAGCAAAACGAAAGGCCAGAAAAUCAUUCUUUCAUCCAGCCACACAGCAAAAACGAAAGGGCCAGAAAAUCAUUCUUUCUUCAUCCACACAGCAAAACGAAAAGGCCAGAAAAUUAUUCUUUCACCCAGCCACAGCAGUAAACGAAAGGAAAAUCAUUCUUUCACCCAGCCACACAGCAAAACGAAAGGCCAGAAAAUGGCCAUUCUUUCAUCCAGCCACACGCAAAACGAAAGGCCAGAAAAUCAUUCUUUCUUUCCAGCCACAGAGCAAAACGAAGAGCCAGAAAAUCAUUCUUCACCCAGCCACAUGCAAAACGAAAGGCCACAGAAAAUCAUUCUUUCACCCAGCCACCCCAGCGAAAACGAAAAAAUCAUUCUUUCAUCCAGCCACACAGCAAAACGAAAGGCCAGAAAAUCAUUCUUUCAUCCAGCCACAAAACAGCAAAAAUCACCCAGCCCAGAAAAUCAAAAUUUCACCACCCAGCCACAGCAAAACGAAAGGCCAGAAAAAUCAUUCUUUCACCCAGCCAAAGCAAACGAAAGGCCAGAAAAACAUUCUUUCACCAGAAAAUCCAGAAAAUCUUUCACCCAGCCACACAGCAAAACGAAAGGCCAGAAAAUCAUUCUUCAUCCAGCCACACAGCAAAACGAAAGGCCAGAAAAACUCAUUUUUCGCCCAGCCACACAAAAACGAAAACAGCCAGCCAAAAACGAAAGGCCAGAAAAUCAUUCUUUCAUCCCAGCCACACAGCAAAACGAAAGGCCAGAAAAUCAUUCUUUUCACCCAGCCACACAGCAAAACGAAAGGCCAGAAAAUCAUUCUUUCACCCAGCCACACCAAAACGAACGAAAAUCAUUCCAGCCACACAGCAAAACGAAAGGCUCAUUUCUUUCAUCCAGCCACACAGCAAAACGAAAGGCCAGAAAAUCAUUCUUUUUCACCCAGCCACACAGCAAACGAAAGCCAGAAAAUCAUUCUUUCAUCCAGCCACACAGCAAAACGAAAGGCCAGAAAAUCUUUUUUCACCCAGCCACACAGCAAAACGAAAAGGCCAGAAAAUCAUUCUUUUCAUCCAGUUACACAGCAAAACGAAAGGCCAGAAAAUCAUUCUUCAUCCAGCCACACAGCAAAACGAAAGGCCAGAAAAUCAUUCUUUCACCCAGCCACCCACAGCAAAACGAAAGGCCAGAAAAAUCAUUCUUUCACCCAGCCACACAGCAAAACGAAAGGCCAGAAAAUCAUUCUUUCAUCCAGCCACAGCAAAACGAAAGGCCAGAAAAUCAUUCUUUCAUCCAGCCACACAGCAAAACGAAAGGCCAGAAAAAUCAUUCUUUUCACCCAGCCACAAGCAAAACCAAAAGGCCAGAAAAUCAUUCUUUCAUCCAGCCACACAGCAAAACGAAAGGCCAGAAAACGAAAGGCAGAAAAUCAUUUUCAUCCAGCCACACAGCAAAACGAAAGGCCAGAAAAUCAUUCUUUCACCCAGCCACAGAGCAAAACGAAAGGCCAGAAAAUCAUUCUUCAUCCAGCCCAGCCAAACAAAGCAAAUCAUUCCAUCCUUUCAAAGCCACAGCAAACGAAAGGCCAGAAAAUCAUUCUUUCAUCCAGCCACAGCAAAACGAAAGGCCAGAAAAUCAUUCUUUCAUCCAGCCACACAGCAAAACGAAAGGCCAGAAAAUCAUUCUUUCAUCCAGCCACAAAACGAAAAGGCCAGCAAAACGAAAGGCCAGAAAAUCAUUCUUUCACCCAGCCACACAGCAAAACGAAAGGCAGAAAAUCAUUUCUUUCAUCAGCCACAGCAAAACGAAAGGCCAGAAAAUCAUUCUUUCACCCCAGCCACACAGCAAAACGAAAGGCCAGAAAACCAUUCUUUCAUCCAGCCACACAGCAAAACGAAAGGCCAGAAAAAUCAUUCUUUCACCCAGCCACACAGCAAACGAAAGGCCAGAAAAUCAUUUUCACCCAGCCACACAGCAAAACGAAAGGCCAGAAAAUCGCCUUUUCAUCCAGCCACAGCAAAACGAAAGGCCAGAAAAAUCAUUCUUUUCAUCCAGCAACAUCAUUCUUUCACCCAGCCACACAGCAAAACGAAAGGCCAGAAAAUCAUUCUUUCAUCCAGCCACACAGCAAAAACGAAAGGCCAGAAAAUCAUUCUUUCACCCAGCCACACAGCAAAAAAACGAAAGGCCAGAAAAUCAUUCUUUCAUCCAGCCGACAGCAAAACGAAAAACGAAAGGCCAGAAAAUCAUUCUUUCAUCCAGCCACACAGCAAAAGGCGAAAAAAAAUCAUUCUUUCAUCCAGCAAAAGCAAAACGAAAGGCCAGAAAAAUCAUUCUUUUCACCCAGCCACACAGCAAAACGAAAACCAGAAAAUCAUUCUUUCAUCCAGCCACACCCAGCCACACAGCAAAACGAAAAAGAAAAUCAUUCUUUCAUCCAGCCAGCACAAACGAAAGGCCAGGAAACGGCCAAGCAAAACGAAAGGCCAGAAAAUCAUUCUUUCAUCCAGCCACAGCAAACGAAAGGCCAGAAAAUCCAUUUUUCAUCCAGCCACAGCAAAACGAAAGGCCAGAAAAUCAUUCUUUCAUCCAGCCACAGCAAAACGAAAGGCCAGAAAAAUCAUUCUUUCAUCCAGCCACACAGCAAAACGAAAGGCCAGAAAAUCAUUCUUUCAUCCAGCCACACAGCAAAACGAAAGGCCAGAAAAUCAUUCUUUCACCCAGCCACACAGCAAAACGAAAGGCCAGAAAUCAUUCUUUCAUCCAGCCACACACAGCAAAACGAAAGGCCAAAAAUCAUUCUUUCAUCCAGCCACACAGCAAAACGAAAGGCCAGAAAAUCAUUCUUUCAUCCAGCCACACAGCCAAAAAAUCAUUCUUUCAUCCAGCCACACAGCAAAACGAGGCCAGAAAAUCAUUCUUUCACCCAGCCACACAGCAAAACGAAAGGCCAGAAAAUCAUUCUUUCAUCCAGCCACACAGCAAAGGUCAGAAAUCAUUUCUUUCAUCCAGCCACACAGCAAAACGAAAGGCCAGAAAAUCAUUCUUCAUCCAGCCACACAGCAAAACGAAAGGCCAGAAAAUCAUUCUUUCACCCAGCCACAGUAAACGUACCAGCAAAACGAAAGGCCAGAAAAAUCAUUCUUUCAUCCAGCCACACAGCAAAACGAAGGCACACCCAGCCACAGCAAAACGAAAGGCCAGAAAAUCAUUCUUUCAUCCAGCCACACAGCAAAACGAAAGGCCAGAAAAUCAUUCUUUCAUCCAGCCACACAGCAAAACGAAAGGCCAGAAAAACAUUCUUUCAUCCAGCCACACAGCAAAACGAAAGGCCAGAAAAUCAUUCUUUCAUCCAGCCACACAGCAAAACGAAAGGCCAGAAAAUCAUUCUUUUCAUCCAGCCACACAGCAAAACGAAAGGCCAGAAAAUCAUUUUUCAUCCAGCCACACAGCAAAACGAAAGGCCAGAAAAUCAUUCUUUCAUCCAGCCACACACCAAAACGAAAGGCCAGAAAAAUCAUUCUUUCAUCCAGCCACACAGCAAAACGAAAGGCCAGAAAAUCAUUCUUUCACCCAGCCACACAGCAAAACGAAAGGCCAGAAAAUCAUUCUUUCAUCCAGCCACAGCAGCAAAACGAAAGGCCACCCAGCCAAAAGCAAAACGAAAGCGCAGAAAAUCAUUCUUUCACCCAGCCACACACAGCAAAACGAAAGGCCAGAAAAUCAUUCUUUCACCCAGCCACACAGCAAAACGAAAGGCCAGAAAAUCAUUCUUUCAUCCAGCCACACAGCAAAAACGAAAGGCCAGAAAAUCAUUCUUUCAUCAAGCCACACAGCAAACGAAAGGCCAAAAACAUUCUUUCAUCCAGCCACACAGCGAAAGGCUGAAAAAUUCUUUUCAUCCAAAAAAACGAAAGGCCAGAAAAUUCUUUCCAGCCACACAGCAAAACGAAAGGCCAGAAAAUCAUUCUUUCAUCCAGCCACACAGCAAAACGAAAGGCCAGAAAUCAUUCUUUCAUCAGCCACAGAGCAAAACGAAAGGCCAGAAAAUCAUUCUUUCAUCCAGCCACACAGCAAAAAAGGCCAGAAAAUUCUUUCCCCAGCCACACAUUCUUUCAUCCAGCCACACAGCAAAACGAAAGGCCAGAAAAAUCAUUCUUUCAUCCAGCCACAGCAAAACGAAAGGCCAGAAAAUCAUUCUUUCAUCCAGCCACAGCAAAACGAAAGGCCAGAAAAUCAUUCUUUCAUCCAGCCACACAGCAAAACGAAAGGCCAGAAAAUCAUUCUUUUCACCCAGCCACACAGCAAAACGAAAGGCCAGAAAAUCAUUCUUUCAUCCAGCCACACAGCAAAACGAAAGGCCAGAAAAUCAUUCUUUCACCCAGCCACACAGCAAAACGAAAGGCCAGAAAAUCAUUCAGCCACACCACAGCAAGACGCAAAAAAACAAAGGCCACAGCAAACGAAAGGCAGAAAAUUUCACCCAGCCACACAGCAAAACGAAAGGCCAGAAAUCAUUCUUUCAUCCAGCCACACAGCAAAACGAAAGGCCAGAAAAUCGUUACCCAGCCACACAGCAAAACGAAAGGCCAGAAAAUCAGCUUUUUCAAACACAGCAAAACGAAAGGCGAAAAUCAUUCUUUUCAUCCAGCCACACAGCAAAACGAAAGGCCAGAAAAAUCAUUCUUUCACCCAGCCACACAGCAAAACGAAAGGCCAGAAAAUCAUUCUUUCACCCAGCCACACAGCAAAACGAAAGGCCAGAAAAAAUCAUUCUUUCAUCCAGCCACAGCAAAACGAAAGGCCAGAAAAUCAUUCUUUCACCCAGCCACACAGCAAAACGAAAGGCCAGAAAAAUCAUUCUUUCACCCAGCCACACAGCAAAACGAAAGGUCAGAAAAUCAUUCUUUCAUCCAGCCACACAGCAAAACGAAAGGCCAGAAAAUCAUUCUUUCACCCAGCCACACAGCAAAACGAAAGGCCAGAAAAUCAUUCUUUCACCCAGCCACACAGCAAAACGAAAGGCCAGAAAAUCAUUCUUCAUCCAGCCACAGCAAAACGAAAGGCCAGAAAAUCAUUCUUUCAUCCAGCCACAGCAAAACGAAAGGCCAGAAAAAUCAUUCUUUUCCAGCCACACAGCAAAACGAAAGGCCAGAAAAUCAUUCUUUCACCCCAGCCACACAGCAAAACGAAAGGCCAGAAAAUCAUUCUUUCACCCAGCCACACAGCAAACGAAAGGCCAAAAAAUCAUUCUUUCAUCCAAAGGCCAGAAAAUCAUUCUUUCACCCAGCCACACAGCAAAACGAAAGGCCAGAAAAAUCAUUCUUUCAUCCAGCCACACAGCAAAAAACGAAAGAACAGAAAAUCAUUCUUUCAUCCAGCCACACAGCAAAACGAAAGGCCAGAAAAUCAUUCUUUCACCCAGCCACACAGCAAAACGAAAGGCCAGAAAAUCAUUCUUUCACCCAGCCACACAGCAAAACGAAAGGCCAGAAAAUCAUUCUUUCACCCAGCCACACAGCAAAACGAAAAGGCCGGAAAAUCAUUCUUCAUCCAGCCACAAAACGAAAGGCCGAAAAUCAUUCUUUCACCCAGCCACACAGCAAAAAAAAAGAAACACAGGCCAGAAAAUCAUUCUUUCACCCAGCCACACAGCAAAACGAAAGGCCAGAAAAAUCAUUCUUUCAUCCAGCCACAGCAAAACGAAAGGCCAGAAAAUCAUUCUUUCACCCAGCCACACAGCAAAACGAAAGGCCAGAAAAAUCAUUCUUUCAUCCAGCCACACAGCAAAACGAAAGGCCAGAAAAAUCAUUUUUUUCACCCAGCCACACAGCAAAACGAAAGGCCAGAAAAAUCAUUCUUUUCACCCAGCCACACAGCAAAACGAAAGGCCAGAAAAUCAUUUUUCACCCAGCCACACAGCAAAAACGAAAGGCCAGAAAAUCAUUCUUCAUCCAGCCACAAACAAAGCAAAAUCAAAGCCACAGCAAAACGAAAAAAAAUCAUUCUUUCACCCAGCCACACAGCAAAACGAAAGGCCAGAAAAAAUCAUUCUUUGACCCAGCCACACAGCAAACGAACGAAAACCAUUUUUCAUCCAGCCACAAAAAAAAAUUUCUUUCACCCAGCCACACAGCAAAAACGAAAGGCCAGAAAAUCAUUCUUUCACCCAGCCACACAGCAAAACGAAAGGCCAGAAAAUCAUUCUUUCAUCCAGCCACACAGCAAAACGAAAGGCCAGAAAAUCAUUCUUUCACCCAGCCACACAGCAAAAAAAGGUUGCGAAAGGCCAGAAAAUCAUUCUUCACCCAGCCACACAGCAAAAACGAAAAGGCCAGAAAAACAUUCUUCACCCAGCCACACAGUAAAAACGAAAGACCAGAAAAAUCAUUCUUUCAUCCAGCCACAGCAAAACGAAAGGCCAGAAAAUCAUUCUUUCACCCAGCCACACAGCAAAACGAAAGGCAGAAAUCAUUUUUCAUCCACACAAGGCCAGCAAAACGAAAACAGCCAGAAAAUCAUUCUUUCACCAGCCACAAAGAAACGAAAGGCCAGAAAAUCAUUCUUUCAUCCAGCCACACAGCAAAACGAAAGGCCAGAAAAUCAUUCUUUCACCCAGCCACACAGCAAAACGAAAGGCCAGAAAAUCAUUCUUUCACCCAGCCACACAGCAAAACGAAAGGCCAGAAAAUCAUUCUUUCACCCAGCCACACAGCAAAACGAAAGGCCAGAAAAUCAUUCUUUCACCCAGCCACACAGCAAAACGAAAAGGCCAGAAAAAUCAUUCUUUCAUCCAGCCACAGCAAAACGGCCAGAAAAUCAUUCUUUCACCCAGCCACACACAGCAAAACGAAAGGCCAGAAAAUCAUUCUUUCACCCAGCCACACAGCAAAACGAAAGGCCAGAAAAUCAUUCUUCAUCCAGCCACACAGCAAAAACGGCCUUCACGAAAGGCCAGAAAAUCAUUCUUUCACCCAGCCACACAGCAAAACGAAAGGCCAGAAAAUCAUUCUUUCAUCCAGCCACACAGCAAAAAACGAAAGGCCAGAAAAUCAUUCUUUCAUCCAGCCACAGCAAAACGAGCACAAAAUCAUUCUUUCCCAGCAAAAAACGAAGAAAAUCAUUCUUUCAUCCAGCCACACAGCAAAACGAAAAUAGAAAAAUCGUUCUUUCAUCCAGCCACACAGCAAAACGAAAAACCAGAAAAUCAUUCUUUCAUCCAGCCACACAGCAAAACGAAAGGCCAGAAAAUUAUUCUUUCAUCCAGCCACACAGCAAAACGAAAAGGCCAGAAAAAUCAUUCUUUUCACCCAGCCACACAGCAAAACGAAAGGCCAGAAAAUCAUUCUUUCACCCAGCCACACACCACACAGCAAAAACGAAAGGCCACAAAAAUUCCAGAAAAUCUUCUUUCAUCCAGCCACAGCAAAACGAAAGGCCAGAAAAUCAUUCUUUCAUCCAGCCACACAGCAAAACGAAAGGCCAGAAAAUCAUUCUUUCAUCCAGCCCACACAGCAAAAACGAAAAUCGGGCCACAGAAAAACGAAAGACGAAAAUCAUUCUUUCAUCCAGCCACACAGCAAAACGAAAGGCCAGAAAAUCAUUCUUUCACCCAGCCACACAGCAAAACGAAAGGCCAGAAAAAACAUUCUUUCACCCAGCCACACAGCAAAACGAAAGGGCCAGAAAAUCAUUCUUCAUCCAGCCACACAGCAAAACGAAAGGCCAGAAAAUCAUUCUUCAUCCAGCCACACAGCAAAAACAGCGUCCAGAAAAUCAUUCUUUCAUCCAGCCACACAGCAAAAACGAAAGGCCAGAAAAUCAUUCUUUCAUCCAGCCACACAGCAAAACGAAAGGCCAGAAAAUCAUUCUUUCAUCCAGCCACAGCAAAAACGAAAGGCCUGAAAAUUAUUCUUCAUCCAGCCAAACACACAGCAAAACGAAAGGCCAGAAAAUCAUUCUUUUCAUCCAGCCACACAGCAAAACGAAAGGCCAGGAAAAUCAUUCUUUUUCAUCCAGCCACACAGCAAAACGAAAAGGCCAAAACCAUUCUUUCAUCAGCCACACAGCAAAACGAAAGGCCAGAAAAAUCAUUCUUUCAUCCAGCCACACAGCAAAACGAAAGGCCAGAAAAUCAUUUUUUCAUCCAGCCACACACAGCAAAACGAAAGGCCAGAAAAUCAUUCUUCAUCCAGCCACACAGCAAAACGAAAGGCUGGAAAAAUCAUUCUUUCACCCAGCCACACAGCAAAACGAAAGGCCAGAAAAUCGGCUACCACACAGAAAUCAUUUUUUCAUCCAGCCACACAGCAAAACGAAAGGCCAGAAAAUCAUUCUUUCACCCAGCCACACAGCAAAACGAAAGGCCAGAAAAUCAUCAUUCUUUCACCCAGCCACACAGCAAACGAAAGGCCAGAAAAUCAUUCUUUCACCCAGCCACACAGCAAAAUCGAGGCAACAAAACAUUCUUUCAUCCAGCCACAAACAGCAAAACGAAAGGCCAGAAAAUCAUUCUUUCAUCAGCCACACAGAAAACGAAAACCGGAAAAUCAUUCUUUCAUCCAGACAAAAACGAAAGGCAGUGAAAUUAUUCUUUCACCCAGCCACACAGCAAAAACGAAAGGCCAGAAAAACAUUCUUCAUCCAGCCACACAGCAAAACGAAAGGCCAGAAAAAAUCAUUCUUUCACCCAGCCACAGCAAAACGAAAGGCCAGAAAAUCAUUCUUUCAUCCAGCCACACAGCAAAACGAAAGGCCAGAAAAAUCAUUUUCAUCCAGCCACAGCAAAACGAAAGGCCAGAAAAUCAUUCUUCAUCCAGCCACAGUAAAACGAAAGGCCAGAAAAUAUUCUUUCACCCAGCCACAAAAAACGAAGGCUUCAUUCUUUUCAUCCAGCCACAGCAAAACGAAAGGCCAGAAAAUCAUUCUUUCAUCCAGCCACACAGCAAAACGAAAAGGCCAGAAAAUCAUUCUUUCAUCCAGCCACACAGCAAAACGAAAGGGCCAGAAAAAAACAUUCUUUCAUCCAGCCACACAGCAAAACGAAAAAGGCCAGAAAAAUCAUUCUUUCAUCCAGCCACACAGCAAAACGAAAGGCCAGAAAAUCAUUCUUUCAUCCAGCAACACAGCAAAAACGAAAGGCCAGAAAAUCAUUCUUUCACCCAGCCACACAGCAAAACGAAAGGCCAGAAAAAUUCUUUCACCCAGCCACUCAAACGACCCAGCCACACAGCAAAACGAAAGGCCAGAAAAUCAUUCUUUCACCAGCCACACAGCAAAACGAAAGGCCAGAAAAUCAUUCUUUUUCCAGCCACACAGCAAAACGAAAAGGCCAGAAAUCAUUCUUUCAUCCAGCCACAAGUUAAACGAAAGGCCAGGAAGUUUCUUUCACCCAGCCACACACAGCAAAACGAAAGGCCAGAAAAUCAUUCUUUUCCCAGCCACACAGCAAAACGAAAGGCCAGAAAAUCGCCCUUUCAUCCAGCCACACAAAACAAAACGAAAAUCCAGAAAAUCAUUCUUUUCACCCAGCCACACAGCAAAACGAAAGGCACAGCAAACGAAAGGCGAAAAUCAUUCUUUCAUCCAGCCACACAGCAAAACGAAAGGCCAGAAAAUCAUUUUCACCCAGCCACACCAAAACGAAAGGCCUGAAAAUCAUUUUUCACCCAGCCACACAAAACGAAAAGGCCAGAAAAUCAUUUUUUUCACCCAGCCACACAGCAAAACGAAAGGCCAGAAAAUCAUUCUUUCAUCCAGCCACACAGCAAAACGAAAGGCCAGAAAAUCAUUCUUUCACCCAGCGCCACACAGUAAAAACGAAAGGCCAGGAAAUCAUUCUUUCACCCCAGCCACACAGCAAAACGAAAGGCCAGAAAAUCAUUCAUUCAGCCACACAGCAAACGAAAGGCCAGAAAAAUCGUUCUUUCACCCAGCCACACAGCAAACGAAAGGCCAGAAACCAUUCUUUCACCCAGCCACAGCAAAACGAAAGGCCAGGAAAAUCAUUCUCAUCCAGCCACACACAGCAAAACGAAAGGCCAAAAUCAUUCUUUCACCCAGCCACAGCAAAACGAAAAGGCCAGAAAAUCAUUCUUUCAUCCAGCCACACAGCAAAAACGAAGGCCAGAAAACUAUUCUUUCACCCAGCCACACAAAAACGAAAGGCCAGAAAAUCAUUCUUUCAUCCAGCCACACACAGCAAAAAAUCAAAGCCACAGAAAAUCAUUCUUUCAUCCAGCCACACAGCAAAACGAAAGGCCAGAAAUCAUUCUUUUUUCCCAGCCACACAGUAAAACGAAGGCCAGAAAAUCGUUCUUUCACCCAGCCACACAGCAAAACGAAAGGCCAGAAAAUCAUUCCUUUCAUCCAGCCACACAGCCAAAGCAAACGAAAGGCCAGAAAAUCAUUCUUCACCCAGCCACACAGCAAAACGAAAGGCCAGAAAAUCAUUCUUUCACCCAGCCACACAGCAAAAAACGAAAGGCCGAAAAUCAUUCUUUCAUCCAGCCACACAGCAGCAAACGAAAGGCCAGAAAAUCAUUCUUUCGCAUCCAGCAAAACGAAAGGCAGUAAAACGAAAACGGGCCAGAAAAUCAUUCUUUCACCCAGCCACACAGCAAAACGAAAGGCCAGAAAAACCAUUCUCAUCCAACACAGGCAAACGAAGGCCAGAAAAUGUUCUCUUUCAAAACGAAACGAAGGCCAGAAAAUCAUUUCUUUCACCCAGCCACACAGCAAAACGAGGCCAGAAAAAUCAUUCUUUCAUCCAGCCACACAGCAAAACGAAAGGCCAGAAAAUCAUUCCUUCACCCAGCCUUUCAAAACGGAAAGGCCAGAAAAAAUCAUUCUUUCCACCCAGCCACACGACGAAACGAAAAUCAUUCUUCAUCCACACAGCAAAACGGGCCAGAAAAUCAUUCUUUCAUCCACAGCAAAGCAGGCCAAAAACGAAGCAGCCACCACACAGCAAAACGAAAGGCCGAAAAUCAUUCUUCACCACACAGCAAAACGAAAAGCAAAACGAACAGCAAGGCAAAUCAUUUCUUUCGGAAAAUCAUUCUUCACCCAGCCACACAGCAAAACGAAAGGCCAGAAAAAUCAUUCUUUCAUCCAGCCACACAGCAAAACGAAAGGCCAAAAAUCAUUCUUUCACCCAGCCACAGCAAAACGAAAGAACAGAAAACCAUUCUUUCAUCCAGGCACACAGCAAAACGAAAGGCCAGAAAAUCAUUCUUUUCACCCAGCCACACAGCAAAAACGAAAGGGCAAGAAAAUCAUUCUUUCAUCCAGCCACCCAGCCAAACAAAGGCCAGAAAAAUCAUUCUUUCACCCAGCCACACACAGCAAAACGAAAGGCCAGAAAAUCAUUCUUCACCUAGCCACACACAAAACGAAAGGCCAGAAAAUCAUUCUUUCACCCAGCCACACAGCAAAACGAAAGGCCAGAAAAUCAUUCUUUCACCCAGCCACACACAGCAAAACGAAAGGCCAGAAAAUCAUUCUUCACCCAGCCACACAGCAAAAACGAAAGGCCAGAAAAUCAUUCUUUCAUCCAGCCACACAGCAAAAACGAAAGGCCAGAGAAAAUCAUUCUUUCGCAGCCACACAGCAAAACGAAAAGGGCCAGAAAAUCAUUCUUUCAUCCAGCCACACAGCAAAACGAAAGGCCAGAAAAUCAUUCUCACCCAGCCACACAGUAAAAACGAAAGGCCAGAAAAUCAUUCUUUCACCCAGCCACACAGCAAAACGAAGGCCAAAAAUCAUUCUUUCAUCCAGCCACAACAAAACGAAAGCAGAAAAAUCAUUCUUUCCCAGCCACAGCAAAACGAAAGGCCAGAAAAUUAUUCUUUCCCCAGCCACACAGCAAAACGAAAGGCCAGAAAAUCAUUCUUUCACCCAGCCACACAGCAAAACGAAAGGCCAGAAAAUCAUUCUUUUCAUCCAGCCACACAUUAAAACGAAAGGCCAGAAAAUCGUUCUUUCACCCAGCCACACAGCAAAACGAAAGGCCAGAAAAUCAUUCUUGACCCAGCCACACAGCAAAAACGAAAGGCCAGAAAAUCAUUCUUUCACCCAGCCACACAGCAAAAACGAAAGGCCAGAAAUCAUUCUUUCAUCCAUCCACACAGCAAAACGAAAGGCCAGAAAAAUCAUUCUUUCACCCCAGCCACAUAGCAAAACGAAAAGGCCAGAAAAUCAUUCUUUCGCACCCAGCCACAACGAAAGGCCGAAAACGAACGGCCAAAAAAUCAUUCUUUCCACCCAGCCACAGCAAAACGGUGCUGCCAGAAAAUCGUUCUUUCAUCCAGCCACACAGCAAACGAAAAGGCCAGAAAAACUAUUCUUUCACCCAGCCACACAGCAAAACGAAAGGGCCAGAAAAUCGUUCUUUCAUCAGCCACACAGCAAAACGAAAGGCCAGAAAAAUCAUUCUUUCAUCCAGCCACACAGCAAAAACGAAAGGCUAGAAAAUCCAUUCUUUCACCCAGCCACACAGCAAAAAACCCAGAAAAUCAUUCUUCAUCCAACCACACAGGCCAGAAAAUCAUUCUUCACCCAGCCACAGCAAACGGAAAGGCCAGAAAAUCAUUCUUUCAUCCAGGCCACACAGCAAAACGAAAGGCAGGAAAAUCAUUCUUCAUCCAGCCACAGCAAAACGAAAGGCCAGAAAAAUUCUUUCAUUCUUCAUCUUUCAUCAGCCACACAGCAAAACGAAAUGCCAGAAAAUCAUUCUUUCAUCCAGCCACACAGCAAAACGAAAGGCGAAAGGCCAGUCUUUCAGAAAAUCAAAAUUUUCUUUCACACACCCCACACAGCAAAAAACCAGGCCAGAAAACUGGUUCUUUUGUCAGCCACACAGCAAAACGAAAGGCCAGGAAAUUAUUGUUCAUCCAGCCACACAGCAAAACGAAAGGCCAGAAAAAUUCUUUCAUCAGCCACACAGCAAAACGAAAGGCCAAUCAUUCUUUUCAUCCAGCCACACCAGCAAAAACGAAAGGCCAGAAAAUCAUUCUUUUUCACCAACCACAGCAAAACGAAAGGCCAGAAAAUCAUUCUUUCAUCCAGCCACACAGCAAAACGAAAGGCCAGAAAAUCAUUCUUUUUCAUCCAGCCACAGAAAAACCAGAAAAUCGGCCAGAAAAUCAUUCUUUCAUCCAGCCACACAGCAAAACGAAAGGCCAGGAAAAUCAUUCUUUCAUCCAGCCACACAGCAAAAAAAUCAUUCUCACCAACCACACAGCAAACGGCCAGAAAAAUCAUUCUUUCAUCCAGCCACAGCAAAAAAGGCCAGAAAAUCAUUCUUUCAUCAGCCACACAGAAAAACCAGAAACAUUCUUUUUCAUCCAGCCACACAGCAAAAAUGAAAGGCCAGAAAAUCAUUUUUCGCGUAAAACAAGGGAAAGCCAACAUUCUUUCAUCCAGCCACACAAAAUUGCAUGCCAGAAAAAUCAUUCUUUUCACCCAGCCACACAGCAAAACGAAAGGCCAGAAAAUCAUUCUUUCACCCAGCCACAGCAGCAAAACGAAAGGCCAGAAAAUCAUUCUUUCACCCAGCCACAGCAAAACGAAAGGCCAGGAAAAUCAUUCUUUCUCCAGCCACACAGCAAAACGAAAGGCCAGAAAAAUCAUUCUUUCACCCAGCCACACAGCAAAACAAAAGGCCAGAAAAUCAUUCUUCAUCCCAGCCACACAGCCAAAAAACGAAAGGCCAGAAAAUUAUUCUUUCAUCCAGCCACACAGCAAAACGAAAGGCCGGAAAAUCAUUCUUUCAUCCAUCCACACAAAAACGAAGGCCGAAAAUCAUUCUUUCAAAAAUCAUUCUUCAACGAAAUACAUGAAAGAAAAACGAAAGGCCAGAAAAAUCAUUCUUCAUCCAGCCACAGCAGAAGACGAGCGCCAGAAAAUCAUUCUUUCAUCAAGCCCACAGCAAAACGAAAGGCCAGAAAAAUCAUUCUUUUCACCAGCCACACAGCAAAACGAAAGGCCAGAAAAAAUCAUUCUUUCCCCAGCCACACAUCAAACGAAAGGCCGGAAAUCAUUCUUUCACCCAGCCACACAGCAAAACGAAAAUAGAAAAUCAUUCUUUCAUCCAUCCACACACAGCAAAACGAAAACCAGAAAAUCAUUCUUUCACCCAGCCACACAGCAAAAACGAAAGGCCAGAAAAAAUCAUUUCCCCAGCCACACAGCAAAAACGAAAGGCCAGAAAAUCAUUCAUCCAGCCACACAGCAAAACGAAAGGCCAGAAAUCAUUCUUUUCAUCCAGCCACACAGCAAAACGAAAGGCCAGAAAAAUCAUUCUUUUUUUCAUCCAGCCACACAGCAAAAUUAA